AUGGCUGCUGUCACCACUGUCCGCGACGUGCUGUACCACUACACCUUUGCCCGCGGCCUCUACGAACGCUUGAUCGGCGACUGCGACUGCCACCCGCAGGUGGCACGGAACGUCGUGGCGCUCCUCAUCUGGUUCGACCAGGGCACCAACAAGGUCAUUUCCCACCUGCCGAGCAUGAGCACCACCGCCCUAGGCCACCUGCUCAACGAGGCCAGCUGCGUCAUCCACUGCCUUCGCAUGAGGAACCUCCCCGGCCCGCCGACCCCGCUCCUCUCCGCGCUCUGCCAGGACAGCAACAUGGACGACUCCCGCUUCUUCGCCUUCAACCAGGGCCGCAUCGCCCGUGGCGUCGCCGACCUCCUCGACGGCGUGUGCACGCUCAUUUUCGACGACCGCCUCUACCACCUGCUGCGCCGCUACCAGACAGGCCUUGUCGGCCGCAACCAGGAGCUCGAGGCGCCCUACGAACGCGUUGUCGCCACCGUGCCGGAGGACUGCCGCUCCAUGUUCGUCACAUUUUCGAAGGGCCAGCCAGUCGAACGAGACGACAUCUUUAGCUACUUCAGGGAGACCUGGGGAGACUGCAUUGUCCGUGUUCUCAUGGAGAAGACCACUGGUCGCGCGCAGCCAAUGUACGGCCGCAUCAUCUUUAAGAGCAAAGCGUUCGUGAGCCUGGUGCUCAACGGCGUGGACCGCGCCCCGCUCUUCGUAGGCGGACGUGAGAUCUGGCUCCGCGAGUACAUCCCGCGCUGCAGCAACGACAACAACUGA